CGGCCCUACAAAUCUUGUCCCUGCGCGCGACUUCUUUGCACCAGUUUCCCAGGUCCGGUCUUUCACUGCGUUUCGGUUUUUGUCUUUCGUCCAAGGGUCUUUCGUCUUAAUCGUCAAAAUGGUGUCUCCUCAAGUAACCAACAUGGCUGUCAUCCUUGUGAUGAUGCAGCUGGCCAAGAAGAUUCCGUUCGAGAACCCCGAGAUUCUGAUGCUCGUCCGGGGGUUGUACGUCUUGUCCAACUUGAUCAUCUUGAGCAUUUACCUCUUUACGCAAAAGAAGAUCAACACGAAGAAGGACAUGACGACCCUCAAAUACGUCGAACCCGCUCCUAUGGGUAGCAGCGAGGAACCCCGUCCCGUGACGACGACCAACAUGGACUACGAUAAGACGCAGCUGCGCCAGCUGAUCAAGAGCCAGUUGAUGGGCGUUGGCAUGAUGGGCGUGAUGCACCUGUACUUCAAGUACACCAACCCGCUCCUGAUCCAGUCGAUCAUCCCGCUCAAGAGCGCGCUCGAGUCGAACCUGGUCAAGAUUCAUAUCUUCGGCAAGCCGGCCACCGGUGAUCUGCAGCGGCCAUUCAAGGCUGGCAACAGCUUCAUGAACCAGGGUCAGGUCAAGAGUGACAAGGCGUCUGUUGAGCAGGCGGAGAAGAACUAUCGCGGUGGUGUUAAGGAGGAGUAAAUGUGAUGAACUGCUAUGAUUUUUACUAUGUGGGGGAUAUUUUGCAUUCUGAAAUGGAAGGGUUGACCAAAAAGAGCAUACUGUAUACAUAGAUAAUUGUGAGCCGUGGGGGGCUCUUGUUUGGGGUGAUAUUCUAAUUUGAUUCUUAUCAUGACUCAAGAUUUACACCGACGUUGAUCAGGUGAUGCCAACGCGGGAGAACAUUGUUGGCAUGUAAUGUGGGGAAGAACUUUCUCGUAAGUACCAGAUGGUCAGGGCUAGAU